GAGAGAGAGAGGCGCGCGGAGGAGCUGCAAAACAUGGUAAUCACCAGCAGCACCAUCAUCACCACCACCAUCACCUCCAGCUCUGCCGCGCACUCUCCCGUCUCCUCUCCUCCUCUGCGCCGGGGCUUGCGUUUCAUGCCCGAAGAUCUGCGCUCCCAAAAUAACCCUCAGCCAGCAUGCCGAAGAAAGCAAAACAAGAAGAGUGGUAUUUUUAGGGUCAUUAAUUUCGACCACGUGGUCCGAAGGUAAACCGGAUGGCCGUUGCGCAAAGGUUCCUCGUCAGUAUGUCCUGCGAGGCCGGCACGCCGCACUGGACACUGACCGCGGCGGUUCUCCUGGGCUUUCUGCUGGGGGUCGUGUCCGCGUACCCGUUACCGAGCGGCAGGACGAAUGCAACUUCGCUGGAGAGACGCUGGGAAACCCUCUUCUCCCGCUCGGUGCUGGGCAUCUCCGGGGAGAAACCGGAGGUGAACUGGGAGAGUGACUAUCUGCUGGGCAUCAAAAGAGUGCGGAGGCUCUACUGCAACGUGGGCAUCGGGUUUCACCUUCAGGUCCUCCCCGACGGCAGGAUAAACGGUGCACAUAAUGAGAACCACUACAGUCUCAUAGAGAUCUCCACGGUGGAGAGAGGAGUCGUGAGCCUCUAUGGCGUGAGGAGUGAGUUGUUUGUCGCAAUGAACAGCCGGGGAAGGUUAUACGGAACGACAGUCUUCCGCGACGAGUGCAAGUUCAAGGAGAGCAUGCUCGCCAACAACUACAACGCCUACGAGUCUCUGCUCUACAGAGGCUUCUACAUUGCGCUCAGCAAGCACGGCCGCGUGAAGAGGGGCAACCGGGCCACCACUGCCAUGACUGUGACGCACUUCCUGCCCCGGAUAUGACGAAAGCGAAUACUGGCAAUAACAAAAAAAAAACAACAACUUUAUUUGCACAUG